AUAAAUUCAUUUUUCAUUUAUGCAAACUGAAGCAUAAUUUUCACAAUAAUUUUAGCAAAAAAAAUUUGUAGUGGAAAAUCGAAAUUUGCUAAAAUGUCGUUUCAGUUUGACGUUGACAAAUUAAUGUUUAAGCAAUUCACUGGGGAGAUUCUGGUUUAUUUUGAGAAACACAAACUUAAAGAGAUUAUAACGCGUGUUAUUGUGGAAGCUGGACUAGUACGACCUGAGAACCCUCACGUGUGGUUAGCAGUUAACAUAAGACGCAUAGCGCAAGAAAUAUACAAUGAAUAUAAGGAUUGCGUGCUUAGAAAUCGAAACGAUGAGAAAAUUUACCGACUACCAGGUGGUUUUCUACGUCGAAUCCUAAUAUUUGGUCGACCUGGUUCUGGCAAGAACACAGCAGGCACUAUUAUUGCGAUUUGA